AUGUGGAAGCAAGAGGAACAAUACUGGGGCCAAAGAUCAAGACUUAAAUGGAUCCAAUUUGGUGAUAAGAACCCAAAAUUCUUCCAUGCUACUACAGUCCAACGAAGAGACCGCAAUCGACUUGAGCGUCUAAAGGAUGAUAAUGGAACAUGGAGAGAGGGCAAGUCUCAGAUUCUUGAGGCUUUCCACCAGCACUAUAGCAAUAUUUACAAAUCAGAGGGUACUCAACAAAUUGACAGAUGCUUGGGGAGCGUUCCAAGAAAGGUUACAGAUGAGCUAAACGAGUUGCUUAUUGAGGAAGUUUCCUAUGAAGAGAUUGUUGAAGCCCUAAACAGUUUGGGGAGUAUGAAAGCCCCUGGGCCAGAUGGUUUUAAUGGGCUCUUUUUCAAAAGCCAUUGGAACUCUAUUAAGGAUGAUGUGUGUGCAGCUAUCCAAAAUUUUUUUAGGGAGGGUGACCUGCCUACUGACAUAAAUGAAACUGUGGUUGCACUAGUACCAAAAGUUCCUGGGCCGGAGAAUGUUGUCCAAUUCAGGCCCAUUAGCUGUUGUAAUUUUCUUCUUAAAAUGGUGACUAGAAUUAUGGUCAUACGCCUAAAAGGUGCUUUGAAUGACCUGAUUACACCAAAUCAGAGUGCUUUCGUGGGAGGCAUGAUGAUUCAAGACAAUAUCCUAGUUGCUCAAGAGGUCUUCCAUGGGCUCAAGAAAAGGGGGAAGGAAUUGAAGGAUUUCUUGGCAAUAAAAUUGGACUUGAGCAAAGCGUAUGAUAGAUUGGAGUGGGUGUUCUUAGAGAGAGCCCUCUUGGCCUAUGGCUUCCAUGAGAAGUGGGUGACACAAGUCAUGAGAGUGGUGAGAGGGGUUACGUACAAGUACAAAAUUAAUGGCCACCUUGGCAAGAAACUUAUUCCUGAAAGAGGCCUAAGGCAGGGGGACCCCCUCUCCCCCUAUCUCUUUGUCCUAGCAGUUGAUGUUUUGUCUCAUAUGCUUAUCCAAGCACAAAGAGAUGGCAGAAUUGAAGGCCUCCAACUUGCCCCAACGGCUCCUAAACUAACUCAUUUAUUUUUUGCAGAUGACUCCCUCCUUUUUGCCAAAGCCUCUGAUCAAGAAGCCUACCAAAUUGUUGACAUCUUAAACACUUUCUCCUUGGCCUCAGGACAGCGAAUCAACACUAGCAAAUCUGGAAUAAUUUGCAGCCUCUUUUUACACCAGCAACAGAAACUGAGUUAUGCCAAUAUCCUUAAAAUGGAAGUCUGGGAUAAUCCGGGAAAAUACCUAGGGCUUCCAGCUACAUGGGGGAGAAACAAAACCAACUGCCUAGAUUGGGUUAAGGAGCGGAUUAUGGGCAAGAUGGAAGGGUGGAAAGAAUCCCUUUUGAACCAAGCGGGAAAGGAAGUACUAAUUAAAGCUGUUAUCCAAGCAAUUCCUACCUAUGCUAUGGCUGUAGUGAAGUUCCCUAAGACCUUUUGUUCCUAUCUGAAUGCUGCAGUUGCAAGGUUCUGGUGGAGGAAUCAUGGCAGGGACAAAGGUAUACACUGGAAGAGUUGGAACUGCUUAUCCAAGAGAAAAAGUGAGGGUGGUAUGGGUUUCAGGGAUUUCAUAUUUCAGAAUACCUCCUAUCUUGCUAAACAGGCCUGGCGCAUGAUAUCUAACCCUGAUGCACUCUGGGUCUCUGUACUCAAGGUAGUUUACUACCCCUCUAGUGACUUCUUUGAAGCUCACAAAGGAAGGUCUUCCUCUUGGAUCUGGAGUAGCUUGCUAGAGGGAAGGGAUUUUUUAGCAAGGAAAGGGAGAUGGGCAGUGGGGAAUGGUAAAGAUAUUAAUAUCUGUGAUGAUGCCUGGCUGUGGAAUGGUGAAAUAAUCAAGGGAACUGGGCCUCAACCUAACUUGAAAGUAAACCAUCUCAUCAUCCCUAAUGGAGGUGGCUGGGAUAGGACCAAGGUUUCCCAGUUGUUCCCCCCUCAAUUGGCUAUCAAGAUCAUGCAGACCCCUGUUGGUCUCACAGGGUGUAGUGAUAAAUUUCUCUGGCCUCAUACUAAGUCAGGGGAUUACAGCAUAAAAACUGGUUAUCAUAUAGCUAGAUUGGAAUGUAUCAACAACACGGCACAAGCUACAUCUUCCUACAUUAUUCCAGAGGCAACUUGGAAACUUAUAUGGAAGAGCAAUCUUCCCCAGAAAAUCAAAGUCUUCCUAUGGAAAUCAUGCAACAACGCUCUUGCUGUUAAAGAUAACCUAUACAGAAGAAAGAUCCCAGUUGACAGAUCUUGCCCAAUCUGCUUAAGUGAGCCUGAGACUAUAGAGCAUGCUCUACUGCUCUGUCCUUGGACUAGAGCUGUUUGGUUUGGGGCCCCCUACCCAAGAUUUAUCAAUAGAGAGGGACUUGGUACCUUUGACCACUGGCUACUGCAAAUGUCCCAAGCACUCAGAGGAGAUGGGCCAACACAAGAGGAGGAGUGGUCCACCCUGUGCUACACCAUCUGGGCCAUUUGGAAGGGUCGUAACAAGGCGGUCUUCAGUUCUGAAGAACCAAACCCUGUAGCAACCAUUCAACAAUUAAAAUUCAUGCUUGCAGAUUCAAGUUCAUACAGGGCGAGCAUACCAGAAAAACUGAAUACCAGAACAGGAAACACACAUAACAGGCAAAGGGACCACUCUUGGGUACACCCUCCACAAGGAAUAAUUAAAAUUAAUGUUGAUGCAAGUAUCAAGGAUCCGAAUCCCUCUUGCUGCUUGGGUGUUGUAGCGAGAGACCAUACGGGCAUCCUGAUCAUGGGAGCUGCGAUGAGAAGCUUUGCCUCUUCCCCUGCUUCUGCAGAAGCUCUUGCCCUUCGAGAGGGAGUUAUCCUGGCUGCAAACCUUGGUUGGAACAGGAUCUUGGUCGAAUCUGACUGCUUAGCCCUUGUAGAGACUUGCAAGGGAAACAUGCAACUAGCUGAAGUCAGAGCCAUUAUGGAUGAUGUCUAUGAAUUAAGAAAGCAUUUCAAUUACUGUGAAUUUAGGUGGACUAACCGUGCAUGCAACACCCCUGCCCAUCUGGUAGCUCAACUGGCUUACCACAAUGAACUCAAUAGCAACUGGAUCUUCUCGCCUCCUCUGCCGAUCGCAAGAGCCCUUACACAAGACGCUCGCGGAAUUCCCCCAAGGUGUUUUGCUGCCCCCUGA